AUGCAAGGUCAACAGGGAAAAGUGUACAAGAAAAAAAAGUCUCUCAAAUCUACUUAAAAAUUCUAAGAGAUUGCCCCAAUUUCUACACAAAGAACACUCAAGACAACCGACUAAAUUUUAUCGUAGCGAAGUCCCAUUACAGGCACUACUAAAUCUACAAAAAAUACAAUUGAAACCAAACGAACUAUGUCCCCUGAAGAAUUGAAAUCUUCCAGAAAAAGUAAUAAGCCAUAAAAAAAUUAGGAAGGCACAAAGAAUCCCAAUCAAAGCUCUCCCUUAUUCACUGAAAAAUAACAACGUCAUAAAAAAUAGUCACUACAAUAAUUUAUUAAGGAAAAAAAAUAAUCUGAGGUGUUACAAGAAAGGCUUUUGUAAUAGAAGAUUCAGAAUGAUCAAUAAAAGAAAUUACUCAAUCUCUAAAAAUUGAAAUUAAAAACUAAAAAAAUAUUUGGAAAUGCUAAAAAAGCAAAGUAGAAAAUGGUAAUGAAAAAUAAACUGAAAAAAUAUAAAAUAAAUGAAAUUAUUGAAAGGUUUCAAGAAAUUUCCAAAAGAUAUGAAAAAAUCUAAAUUGAUUAAAUUUCCUAAUUUUAAUCCGAAGUAAAUAAGCAUUAGCAAUCUUACAAAACCUAAACUGAAAAUCAAAUCUAAAUGAAGAUUAUGGAAGAAGUCCAGAACGAAUUUUAUUAAAAUUAAGCAGCCACAUUAAUAUAACAUCGAUGGAAAGACCUUAAAAAGAAUAAGGAAAAGCAGAAUUAUUCUUAAACUAAAUUAUAAUAAAUCAGCUUAGAUUGGGAACCCAAAUAACAAGUCUCAUAAUAAGUAUCUCCUACCAAUUUUGAGGAUGGAUUUCUUUUUAGCUAAGGAGGAGAUAAAUAAACUCUCAUUUCAAACAUUAGAAGUUCAACCCUGUCAGAAGAAUCCUCACCUAUUGUGAAUUAAUUAAACUAAGAAUUUGAAAAUUGGAAUCUCUUUAUCUAAAGAAUAGUUUAAAAUACAGAUAUUUCAAACAUAAACAAAUAGAUGCAAUAAUAAAUCAUAUCUAUAAUUUAAAAUCAUAAAUUAUUAUCUGAAAAUAUUUCAGAAAGAAAAAGUGAAAACUAAAUAAAUUAAGAAAAAAGUACAACUAGUCAUCAAAAGAAAUUAAGUGAGGAUCUUACUAAAAACAACGUGUUAUAAUUAUAAUAGCGAAUAUAAUAAGAAGAAAACUUAAUAUCAAAGUACAGAGAAGAAGCCAUAUACCUCAGAUACGAUGUUGAAUUAAAGUAAGUUGCAGAAAAACAUCACUAUAUCCUUCAAGAAUGGUUAAAUAAAGAGUUAGAAGAUUUAAAAAAUACAAGAAAGGCUUUUGAGAUUGGCCAUAUGAGAGAAAUAACAACAUUAAAAAAAAUUCAAAGAGAUAUCCUCGUUGCAUCAGCAGAACUCUCAUCUGAUCAAUAAUAUAGUUUAUAGAUUUAAUAGAUCUAAGAAUAUAUAGACGAAUAAUUCAAUGGUUUAAAAGAUAAACAACAGAAUUAUUAAUCAUAAUAGGAAAUCUAAAAGAAUGUGGAUUUGGUAACUACUGAAAUCUUAAAUGAAAUGAUGAUAGACAUAUCUGAGGAAAUGUUGAAUAAUAGAGAAGAUCUUUAUUUAAUAAUUUCAAACCUUAUUGCGAAUUAAGAAUAAACACCUUGUGUUCCUACUUCCAUGUCUGAUAUCUCAUAAUAUAUAGAUAACCUCUUUAAAUAUAUUUUGGAAAAUUAUAAGUAAUCUUUAAUUGAAAAUUUGAAUACUCCUUUUGGAUUUACACCUAAGUAAAGAUUGAAAAUAAUACAUGGAAAUGAAGACUGCGAUUUUGAUAUUGACAAUGAUCAUGAGGAUUUCCAAACUUCAAUUGCUUUUCCAAUUGAUGAAGGUAUUUUUGUUGAAUAAGAAAAUAAAAGAAUACCUGAAACUGACAAUAACAACGAUGAGGUAGAGUGUGCUAUUCUAGAAUUGCAACAUAUUCAUAAUAAAGCUAUUUUUGAUGCUUGCAAUGAGGCUUUAAAUAGUUAUAGACCUUACUAUUACAAUUCUGGUAUAAAAUAUCCAUGGGAAAGAAGUAGUUUAAAUUUAUAGAGAAUAUCUAAUGAAAACUUAGUAUAAAUAUUGGAAAAAGUGAAAUCGGUAGUAUUAAAACAGAGUAAAGUUUUGUGUGGCUUUUAUGAGCCAGAAGAAUUCGAAAAUGUUAAAUAGGAGAAAUAAGAAAUAAUAGAUGAGAAAAAUUUAUUAAUGCUCAUGUAGUAGUUAAAUUUAGUUGAAAACCCUUUGUUAGUGGAUACAAAUAUCUAAUUCGAUAAUUUGACUUUGAUUAGAGAUGAAUAACUGUAUAAAUUACUUGUAGAGGAUUUGAAAUAAUAGGAGUAUAAGUGGAAUUUGAUUGAGGAUGAUAGAACUGAAUAUUUAAUGGAAGUGAGUGAUCAAAUUUUAGAGUAUCUGAUAGAGGAAUUCCAGAAAGAAAUGUGA